AACGUUACCAACACGCAUUAAAUUCCGCUCUCAUUCCGCGACGCAGCGCAUCUACAGAAACUGCUGCAGCAGCGCUUAACGACUUGAACAUUUUUCAUCUUCACCUUACAAGUGACAAGUGUUUAUUCUUUUUUUUUCUCUAUUCCGAACCCAUGGCGAACUACAUCCAUGUCCCUGUCGGUGCGCCUGCCGUGCCCAAACUAGACGUGACCGUGGACGAGCACGACUACAGACCCGGAGCGCUGCAGAUCAUCAAGGCGCUCAGACCUCAGUGGAAACCGACUGAGGUCAAAAUGAAGACUUUCACAGACGGCAUUACCAACAAGCUGAUUGGCUGCUACGUGGGUGGGGCGCUGGAGGACGUGGUGCUGGUGCGUAUCUACGGCAACAAAACCGAGCUCUUCGUAGACCGUGACAAUGAGGUGAAGAGCUUUCGUGUGCUGCAGGCACACCGCUGUGCCCCGCGUCUAUACUGCACCUUUAACAACGGCCUCUGCUAUGAGUUCCUGGAGGGCGUGGCCCUGGAGCCCGAGCACAUCCGCAAUCCCGCCAUAUUCAGGCUCAUUGCAAGGCAGAUGGCAAAGUACCACGUAAUCCACGCACACAAUGGCUGGGUUCCCCGGUCUGAUCUCUGGCACAAGAUGGGCAAGUACUUCUCCCUCGUCCCCACCCACUUUGAGGAUCCGGAAAAGGACCAGAGGCUGAGCAGCCAGGUGCCCAGUACGUCGUGUUUGAGAGAGGAGCUGCUGUGGCUCCAGCAGAGCCUCUCCAAGCUCGGCUCGCCCGUCGUUCUCUGUCACAACGACCUGCUGUGUAAGAACAUCAUCUACCAACAGGCAGGAGGACAUGUCAAAUUUAUUGACUACGAAUAUGCUGGGUACAAUUACCAAGCCUAUGACAUUGGGAACCACUUCAAUGAAUUUGCAGGUCUGAACGAGGUGGACUACAGCAUGUAUCCUGAGCGUAGCCUCCAGCUGCAGUGGCUGCGAGCGUACUUGGAGGCCUACAAGGAUUGCAAAGAUCAAGGCACUGAGGUGUCUGAGGCUGAGGUGGAGGUCCUGUACGUCCAGGUGAACCGCUUCGCCCUGGCAUCACAUUUCUUCUGGGGCCUGUGGGCGUUGAUUCAGGCUCAGUACUCCACCAUUGACUUUGACUUCUUGGGAUAUGCGGUUCUUCGCUUUAACCAGUACUUCAAGAUGAAACCUGAGGUGACGGCGCUGAACUUUCCGGAAUAGUGCUCGGUUCUGGUUGUUUUGUUUUCUCCGUGGUGGAUAUGGGCAGCACAAGCAGAGCUCUUCGGUCUGUGGGUUUAACGCUGCAAUUACUAGAUUUAAGGCUAGAAAAAGAAAAACCAGUGAAAAAAACAUCUCUCUGUUCAGCACCUCCCUUUUAGUCUGUUUUAUAUGUCAAGAGCCAUUUCGAAGUGUCCUACAUGCUAGGGGUUGACGGUGACCCCACAGAACACGGGAUGACAUCUGUAGCUGUUCUGCGAUAUGUGGUCGACCUGGUGCAUCGGAAGGGUAUUAGGACCAAGAAGGAAAAAAAAAACAAUCAAGGCCUCAUUGUUCCAUCACUGACUGUGUGCUUCAAAAUGUGUGCGUCUGUGCGAGUGUGUGUUAACAUCCCAGACCCAGAGACUCGGUAGUUGAUCUGUCAUUCCUGUUUGUUUACAGUGAAUAUGAGUUGUUGCAGGUUACAGGUUUACUGCUUCCACCUGCUAGCUUUAGAGCUUACGGAUUUACGCUUCUAGUCUUACAGUUGCUUUAAGGUCUGCGAUUAAUUGAGCUCGUGCUCCUCCCUCCUCCCCCCUCCCCUCAACCUCAUGUCACUGUGAGCCACUUUGCUGCAUUCAGAAUUUGGAAAAAAGAAAAAAAAAAAAAAUGCUGUAGCUGUCACCGUACACCAAAGUGCUGAGGUUCUUCCUGUAGAGAAGUGUACAGAGUUUUUUUUUUUUUUUUAUGAAAUGAAUAUGAACUCUGAAUGUUCGGACGGUUGUUGAAGUGGCCAUGAUGCCUUAAUAAGGACUGCUGCUGGACAGACCAUGAUGCUACUCAAGCUCUCGCCAAUUGAUUUUAAAUGUAUUAUCUCUGGGUUUCGACUUGGGGUUUUAGGACCAGUCUUGCACUAAAAAGCUAUAAGAAUUGGGAAGGUUUUUUUUCCCCCACAUGUCUUUUUUUCCAUCUUGCAAGCCCUAUUCGGACAGGACUGUUGAUUCGGAAGCGUUUGCUGUCUUUCAUCUAGACAGCUAGAAAUGAAUUGAACGUGAUUCAAAUGAAAACCUUCAUUUUUAUUUUUUUUUUAUUUUUAAAAAGUUUAAUUGCAAAAAAAGUGUCACACAACUCUAUCAUUUUCAACACACUCUCCAUUUACUUGAAUACGAGUGUUCCAGCACUUCCCGAGUGCUCUGGAUUUCUCUAGAAGUCAUACGAUUAAACUUCCGCACCUACAAGGCUUUCAUUUGAUUCACCUUCUUAAAAAAACAGACGGCGCUAACGGCACCACAUCCACGAUGUGUUCACACGUAGCUUUAUUUACAGAAAAAUACAAUAAUGGUAAAGUGUUAAUAUGUUAAACUAAAGCGUGGCCUAAUACCCACUGUAACUGUAGCCAUUACACUUUAAUCAGGCUGUGGGAUUGUGUUUAUUCUUUUUAUUAUUAAUACCUGUAUAGUUUUUUUUCCUCCUUAUGAGCCAGCGGUUAAUAGAUUGCAUAAAAGCUGUGUGUAAACGUUUUCAGAAAACAAACCAAAGUAAAAAUUCCCACUGUUACAAAAGUUUCGCUAACACUAAUUUUCAUACACACAGGCGUCCGUUGAUAAACAACAUAAAAAUAAAAAAAAAAACUUACAGAAAGAUGAAGGAAAAAAAACAAUAACGACUAAACGGUAGAUCGCUUAAAUCUUGAAGCAAUGCAGCUCAGCCACUGCAGUACGUAUAACAUAUAACGUAAGAAUACACUAACGCUUCUGCCUUUUGCUAGGGUGCCAUUACUUUUGUCUUAAUGGAAUGGCUAGUAUUUAUAUUUUAUGGGCUUGUCAUUAAAUGAGUAAAAAUGGAAUGUAACUCGAUUUGAAUUAUACAAUUUGAAGCCAAUCAAUUAAGGAUCCUAUUAGUGCUUCAAGUAACAUGUAAAGUAUCGUACGUAACUAAUCCUGUCCGAAUAGGGCUGUAGAGACCUCAGAGGCUUAAUCUAAGUCCUACCACUCUCUCUCUCUCUCUCGCUCUCUCUCUCUCUCUCUCUCUCUCUCUCUCUCUCUCUCUCUCUCUCUCUCUCUCUCUAUCUAUCUCUCUUUAUAUAUAUCUCAGCUUGGCUGAAACUGUAAAAACUGACAGUGUA